AUGAACAAAUACUUACUUACAUUCAAAAACCCGUAGAUUGAGGCUAAAUAUUAAUAGACGAGUAUUGGUGAGAUUAGAAUGACAAUGUUUACGCUGAUAACUCUGGGUUUCGCAGUAGUUUUCAUUGUUAGAAUAGGACAGGGCCUAUUGUAAUAAAAUUACUUUAAUGUGUAUACUUAUAUAGCCAUGAUCUCCUAUAUAUUUCUGCAGUAUCUUUUGAGUAAGAAAUACAAACGAUUUUUGAGACCAUCCUUAAUUUUGUUGAAUCAUGCUUUCACUAUUUAUUUUUUGUUUGUCGAAGAAUCCUCUGAUUCAUUAUCAGCUCACCUUAGAGGCGUCAACCAGAUGGGAUCAAACUUUUUAAUUAUUCUGGCUGGUGAGUACAUAGAUGCAAUGUUUUCUCUUAUUUCCAUUUCAAUCAUAAGGGUCAUCAUUAUCUUCACUAAAAGCACCAGUAUAGAGUAUUCUGCAAUAUUCUCAGCCUUCAUCCUCAUCCUUUACGCAUCCAGAUAUUUAUACCAAUAUCAUAAGGCAAUCAGAUCCUAAUAUUUAUUAACAUUGGUGGAUCAAUCAUGGGAAAACAUACUGACCCAAAUUACUAAGUAAAUCCCUUACAUUUUGAUCUCUUUCGAUGAGGAGUAGUUCAAAUUCCAGAUUAUCAAAAUUUUGAAUUGCCAACGAUUAUUUAGUUCCAAUGAAGAUGCACUGAAGUUCUUAAGAGAGGCAAAACACAAUGAUUAAACUAUUGAAUAAGUGAUAUACAAUGAAAUUAAGAAUUUUAAAUAGAAUUGUGUUGAUCUGUUUAAUAAGACAAUCACAAUUUCACAUUAAAAACUCAUAAUCAAAAUUGAAUACUCUGUUUAUUUCAGUAAUAAACCAACAAUACUCCUUGUAUUUCCUUAGAUUUCUAAUCUGGUCUAGACUAACAAUGAACUUAUGCAAACAAAGUAUGAUCAAUUACUCAAUAUCAUUAUUAAGCUAUGUCAACUGAUUUAAAAAAAGAAUUUCAAUCAGGAUCAUGUGAAAAAGGUAUAAAAAAAGUUGAUGCUUAUUAAACUGAUUCAAGAUCUAAACAAUUCACAAAUCAAAGCCAAAUUUGUCAAUCUAGAUACAAUCCUUCAACAGUUAAAUCAAUUGUAUAAGUCCAAAAAAAUUACAGUUUCUAAUUAACAAUAAAUCAAGAUUAAAACGUGUCCAUCCAUUUUUAGUGUUUUUCUAAUUGCUAUGAUGGAAGCUCUUUAAUCCAAAGAAUUAUUUGUUACUAUUUAAGUUCAAAAGGAAUAAUUCGUAGAAAUGGAACUUUUAGGUAGUUUUAAUGAGUCAGAUUUAAUUUCUACUAAAAAGGUUCUGGCUUAUGAAUAUAGUUUAAUCAUGAAACAUUUAGAAAUUUCAUAAAACAAGGUCAAAUUUAAAUUAUUUUAGCAAGCCUAUGUGCCAUUCAAUCCACAAUCUUACUCACUCACUUUGUUAUGA